AUGAAUUGGGAAGGUUCAUUCUUUUUAUCCGAAUCCCAGCGUCAUGAUGAAGAUAUAACAAUAAAAACUGACAACUCUCCUCCCGAAGACAAUAUCACACAACUCCUAACCAACAAUAACAACAACAACAAUACAUUACGGCUGUCAUCACACAAGAAGAACACAAACACAGAUACUUGUUCUUCUCCCCUAACCUCUAUUCUUUUCAACAUUGUGUUUCAUCCUCACCAAUACAUUCAGUCUCACUAUUUUGAUAAUAACUCUACUUUUACAAAAACCACAAACAAUACAAGUACGAGUAUAACCACUACCUCAAGUACUGCUACUAGUAAUAACAACAAUAAUAAUAAUAAUAAUAUUGAUAAUAAUAAUAUAAAUUAUAAUAGUAAUAGUAGUAAUAGUAGUAGCUAUAGUCACUACAUUUACAGUAGUAUAAAAGAAGGUUUAUUAACAAACAAGUAUCUAACUAAUAUCAACAACAACAACCAUUAUAAUAGUAAUAUGUCGUCUUCACCAUUGUCGACUUCGUCUGCUUCUAUAGACGAUGAAAUCGAGAAUACUGAAGGUGAAGGAGAUCAUUCACAUUGUAUAGAUAAUAAUAAUAAUAAUAGUAAUAGUCACAACAGUAGGAGUAGUAGUCAUCAUAAUGAAAACAAUCAUAUAGUAUCAUCGUCUCCACCAAAACACGCAAACAACAACAAAGACAGACCUAUUAAUCUUCCUAAUCAAUCAAGUCCCAUCAAACACUUUGCAUUGGAUAUUGGCGGUACAUUAGCCAAGCUAGUAGUAUUGAUGAUUGUUUUAAUUUUCAUUAUUGAAAAUAAGUUACAUCUUGAAGAUGGUAAACCAAAAAUGGUUAGAGUCACUGGAGGAGGUGCAUAUAAAUACGCAGACUUGUUUGAACAGAAAUUGGGUUGUACAUUAGUUAAAGAAGAUGAAAUGCACUGUCUCAUUAGAGGCACAAACUUUCUAUUAAACAACAUACAUCGUGAAUCCUAUACUUAUAGUGGGCAAAUCAAUCAACCAAAUCCAAAGGAAUUUGUUGAUAAAGUUGAAAAUCCAUAUCCAUAUUUAUUAGUACAAAUUGGAUCGGGAGUUAGUGUGAUAAGAGUUGAUAGCGAGACUAGUUUCCAACGUGUAGAUGGAACCAGUUUGGGAGGGGGUACUUUUUGGGGAUUGUGUAGCUUGUUGACUGGAACGACAGACUUUGACGAGAUGUUGGAGAUGACCAAGAACGGACACUCGAACAACGUCGAUCUUGUGGUGGGCGACAUUUACGGCACCGACUAUAGUAAGGUGGGUCUGUCGUCAGACACGAUCGCAAGCAGCUUUGGAAAGAUAAUCUAUCAACAAGAAGGCCAAAUGCAGCAAGAGGCGAAAUACAGUCGCGAGGACAUUGCACAGUCAUUGUUGAAAAUGGUAUCAAACAAUAUAGGUCAAAUUGCAUAUUUGAAUUCACAGAGAUACGGACUCAACAAGAUAUACUUUGGUGGCUUCUUUAUCCGCGACCAUCCCAACACUAUGCAACGUAUUUCGUUUGCCAUAGACUUUUGGUCCAAGGGUAAAACCAAAGCCAUGUUUUUGGUACACGACGGUUAUCUAGGCGCAUUGGGUGCUUUCUUGGGUCCCUCUGAGGAAAAGAAUAACGAGGCUGAACCAGAACAUGAAUCGUGGCUCAAGCGAACCACAAGAGAGUUGCAAAGAUUGUUCACCACCUCCAAACCAGAGGUUGUUAUUACCAAUCAGAAACAAGGAGACAAUAAUAAUAAUACACCCACAACCAGUACAACAACCAACACAACCAACAACAACAACACAUCAUCAAGUCGGACAAGUAUCCGAAGUAGUAACCAUAGCGACGGCUUGGAGUUUGACGACAUGCCAUGUUCGUGUGGUGGUGAAUUCUGUGAAGGUUUGGUUUGUAAAGUUGUAGUACCACCUUUAUCAACUCAUCCAAUUCAAGUUUUAAAAUAA